AUGCAUUUCAUCUCAAUCGUCGCUGCCCUUGCCCUUGCCAGUGGUACCCAAGCCUGGACCAAAGAUGGCCAGGGAAAUUGGGUUGCCAAUAACAAUUGUUUCGCAACGCAAAGCUCAUACAAUCCUUGCACUUUAGCGAAUGUGCAUGAGUCAUGCACAAGAAUGAAUGACAACACUGUCAUUUAUCGCAACAACGAGGCUUGUGCUUACUGGACUGACGGCGCUGGUACUAUCAAGCGCGGACAUAAGUGUAUUCGCCCUCGAAGUUUGCGCAAAUGGUGA